AUGGGUAUCAAGCCUGAUGGUGUCCCAGGCAAGGCCUGGCCGGCCAUUGCCAUUGGCUUCUUCGUCGCCUUUGGCGGUCUCCUCUUCGGAUAUGAUACCGGUACUAUCAACGGCAUCCUUGAGAUGUCCUACUGGCAACGCCUCUUCAGCACUGGCUAUGUGAACACCGCCGGCAACAAGGACGUUUCGCCCGACCAAGAAUCCGCCAUCGUCUCCAUCCUCUCCGCCGGCACUUUCUUCGGUGCCUUGGCCUCCCCUUUCCUCGCUGAUACCAUCGGACGUCGCAUGGCUCUCGUCGCCUCAUGCUGGGUUUUCAACCUUGGUGUUGUUCUCCAAACCGUCGCCACUGCCAUUCCCCUCUUCCUGGCCGGACGUUUCUUCGCCGGUUUCGGUGUUGGUUUGAUCUCUGCCUUGGUCCCCCUCUACCAGUCUGAGACCGCCCCAAAGUGGAUUCGUGGUGCCAUUGUCGGUGCCUACCAAUGGGCCAUCACCAUCGGUCUGCUCCUGGCUGCCAUCAUCAACAACGCUACCCACGCCCGCCAGGACACCGGAUCCUACCGCAUCCCCAUCGCUGUCCAGUUCGCCUGGUCCCUCAUCCUCUUUUUCGGCAUGCUCCUCUUGCCCGAGACUCCUCGCUUCCUCAUCAAGCAGGGCCACAUCGACCGCGCCACCAAGGCCUUGGCCAAGAUCCGCCGCCUUCCUGAGAACGACGCCUAUGUCGCCGAGGAGAUUGCCGAGAUCAAGGCCAACAACGACUACGAGGCCACUAUCGGCACUGGUAGCUACCUCGACUGCUUCAAGCCCCCCGUGCUCAAGCGCCAGUUCACUGGCUGUGCUCUCCAGGCGCUCCAGCAAUUGACUGGUAUCAACUUCAUCUUCUACUACGGAACGCAGUACUUCCAGAACUCUGGCUUCUCCAACGGCUUCGUCAUUGGCAUGAUUACCUCGUCCAUCAACGUCGUCUCGACUCUUCCUGGUAUGUGGGCCGUCGACCGCUGGGGACGUCGCCCCUUGCUUCUCUGGGGUGCCGUCGGCAUGUGCGUCUCGCAGUUCCUGGUCGCCAUGCUGGGAACCUUGACCACCGGCCAGGACGACGCCGGCAAGAUUAUCGUGUACAACCUGCCUGCUCAAAAGGCCGCCAUCGCCUUUGUCUGCAUCUACAUUUUCUUCUUCGCCUCCACCUGGGGCCCGCUCGCCUGGGUUGUCAACGGCGAGAUUUUCGGCCUCAAGACCCGUGCCAAGUCUCUGUCUCUGUCGACUGCCACCAACUGGCUUCUCAACUGGGCUAUCGCUUACAGCACCCCCUACCUCGUCAACUACGGCGACGGCUACGCCAACCUGCAGUCAAAGAUCUUCUUCGUCUGGUUCGCGUGCUGCUUCGUCUGCAUCGCCUUUGUCUACUUCUUCAUCUACGAGACCAAGGGCCUUACUCUCGAGGAGGUUGAGGAGCUCUACGCCGAGGUCAGCGUCGCCAGCAAGUCUGUCGGCUGGAGACCCGCCACCAACUUCCGUGAGCGCCAGGCUGCCGAGGGCGACAAGGCCGUGCCCAACAGCGAUGGUGACAUUACUCACCACGAGAAGACCGUUGGUGUUUAG